AUGCGUCUCCACCUUGUCAUCUCACGACACGGCCUGCCGGUCACGCGCAUUCUCUGGACUACGACUUCGUCCACCUCUACGCUGGGUGAAUAUGGCACUCACCGCCCGGCGCCAGCUGCAGCUAUCGCAUCAUCUCGAACCCCGAAUGUCGCCUUCUCGAAUGGCGGGUAUACGAUCGCACAGCUGCUGGAGGAUGUAAACGAGGUUGUACCGCUGGAGACCGAACCUAGUGUUUUUGAUGCGGAGUUCAGUGGUCAGUGGGGACUGGAAGAUUAUGUUGUUGAAGUUGCUGGUUCGGAGUGCCUCCAUUUCAUGGAGGUUGAAGGGUUACUUCGAGAUGGUGAUGAAGUUGUAAUUCGCGCCCUUCAGCUGGCUGACCUGCGAGCAAGACGGCUAUGUGGCCGCCAUCAAAUCACCGCCGAGGGAAAACAUCUGAUAGACGGUGUGGCUUUCGGCUCACCGUUUUUGAAGAGAACGACCACGUCACGACCUGCGAUCACUAUACCCCCGAGGAAGAAGCGGCGCACGGUCCUUUCGGGCUGGGAACAACCCUCAGACUUUGUGCCCGCACCGGUUCAUGUUGACGAGGAAGAGGAUGGAGAAUGGCUCCCGCCUCCGGAGACCGGAUUUGGUAAAGAGCUUUCCAUCAUGGCGGGCGAGCACGAUGAAUCUCUGGGCACGGUGAUUCGGCAUCCUGUUGACUACACCGCUGAAUCUGAGAGUGAAGCGGAGGUCUCUGAAAUGUCUGACAUAGAGGAAAACGAAUUGGAGAGCGAGCUAAAAGCACUGAAGGAGGAUUUUGAAGAACCAUCUCAAUUUGUCGACAUCAGAAACCAGACGCGGGGUGCUAGUGGGCAUGCAGUACGUGCUGCCUCGAUAGUCAAGCGGCCAACGUCCAAGGGGUCUAUUGCAGCUGCCUCAUCUCUUUCCAGCAAGCGGUCUCGUGGGGACGAUUCUUCUCCCCGGACUUCGAAGGCCGUGAGAUUUAACAAAGGAGCAGGGAAGGAGGAUGAGGCUAUGCCUGACCUCCCGCAGGCCGUUCAGGCCCCACCGGUCGAGGACAGCGUUGCAGAAUCUUCUGAGUCUGAUUCGUCGGAGUCAUCCGCGUCUUCUUCAGACAGCGAUUCCGAGGAGGAGUCUGAUAGUGAUUCCGAUGAGGCGUCUUCGAGCGAGGUGGAACCUGCCUCGGAGGCAUCUGAUUCGGAUUCGUCCUCUAGUUCCGAAGACUCUGAUUCGUCAGAGUCGGAAUCAGAAGAAGAAGCUCCCCCGCCUCCCAAAACGGUGCAGCGACCCGUUGUAUCUGGCAUCCCUGGCGAAGGAACUAUGCGCACCAAGAAGAGCAACAACCGCCUCAAAUUGCGCCGGCGUCUCUCCAAGCUCAAGGAGCUAGGAGCCCUGCCCCAAGAGGCAGACUUUGAAGCGCUGCGGGCGUGGGAACAAAGUCACGGAGGCUGGCAUUUCCCGGAACAACCCGUCAAACCGGAACCAGUCGUGGAACCCCAACAGCACGUCGAGCCGGAAAUGGAAUCAGCCGAAGCUCUCAGGAAGAAGCAGAAGAGGGACAAGAAGCAACAGGAACAGGAAGAGUUCGAAGCCAGGCGCCAGAAGCUACUUCAGGAUCUCGCCUCGGGCAAUGGUGUUUAUGUGGACGCAACAUCAGAGAAGGAAAAUGUCCCGCCGCGGGCAUCGGCUUCUAUUGCACAGCCCCUUGUUUCGCAGGAUGUGUCCGAUGAGGCCGAACGGGAGCAGGAUGCUUCGCAUCGACGUAAUCUCGACAUCGCUAGCUCACGACGUAUGCUGUUUGGGGAGCGGGGGAUGCGCACCCCGAAGACUAAAGAAGAUGAGGAGGAAACCCGCCAGAAGCUUGCUGCCGCAGCUAGUGCAAUCGGGCGUCCGCGCAAGCGUUCGGCACAGGCUGCUAAAGAAGAGGCUGACCAGAUGCAAGAAGACGAGGAUGAAUCCGACAUCAACUGGCAGAACAAGCUAGUCAUUCGUGCUGUCGAGUGUGUCUAUCCUGACGUCGAGAUGACCGCGCCUCCUUAUCCCUUCGUUCAACGUUGGGAUCAAGAAGCCAACGACCUGAUUCGCCAGCUGAAGGGCCCGAGCAAAAAGCGCAAGAGAAAGCAGCGUGUUCAGGUUUACGAUGCAUACGAGGAGGAGUACGAUGAAGAUGCGAACUACUACGGUGGUGACGAUCAAUAUCAGGACGGAGCUGACCAGGAAAACUACGAGGACUAUCACGCAGAGGAAGCCCCGUACUAUGAAGGGCAUUAUGCAGGUGGAGGUGAAGCCAAUCAGCUCAACUAUGAUGAUGGCCCCGAACCCGAGCCAGCCCCGAACGCUUCCUCUGAUGACCUGCCUGCCCUUCCGUCAGAUGUUGGUACUCUUUCCGAUCUGAAGGAGAGCGAUGUCAAGGUCGGCGCAAUCAUUGCAUUCCGGCAGCUCGACAUGUCCAAAGCCACAAAUUGGCAGCCUGAGAUGUCUGGCUACAGAGUGGCCGAGGUCCGCUCUCUUCAAGGUAAAGGAGUAAUGAAUGUCCUACUGGCCAAGCGAGACCGAAAGCCCACAUCAGCAUUCAGUGAGGAUGAUGAGCCCCGUCAAUUCAGCAAGUUUGAGGUACCUGACCUAGCCAACGAGGAAGGCGAGGACGAUGGCUAUCGAGAGCUUGUGUUUGCGGAACUUAGCGAACCAAAGCUUCUUCGGCCUGCAGACCGGUCUGAUUCUGUCUAUGGGGAUCAGAACAAUACUCGAGAAGGUAGCAUUGUCUCUGUAGUUCAAGAAUCCGUACCGAUUGUCCAACCAGGCUCUCCUGAGGAAAUGUACCUUGAUGACACCACCUUUGUCACCAUGGGAAACGACGUGACCCAUCUCGAAUCACCUCGCGAAUCCCCAGGAAUGCCUGAUGAGUCAAUUGAACAAACCCCUGGCAGGCCUGCAGUGCCACAGAUCCAGGUUCAGGCAUCUGAUCAUCGCCGUGUCACUCCUCCUAUUCCGUCGCCUACCUUUACUGGAUUUCACUCGGCUUUAUCCCGACAGCAAACGACUCCUGGUCUUGACAAUGGCCGCGAGCUGGAGGGUCGCACUCUCAUCGGAGGAGAAACGCCUUCUGCGCUGGUCAACCGGGACGAGGAUCCAUCCAUGCUGACUUACAUGUCUGCGAACCAAUCCUUCGCUGACGAUCCCGAGGACGAAGACGAGAACGAGGAAUCGUUCCAGAGCCAAGAGCAUGAGCGACAGGUUGUCCCGGAAAGUCUUGCACCGCCUGGUGAGUCAGGGGAUAGCGGCGCUCCUUCUGGCUCGCUCUUGUCCACUAUCGAUCGAGCUGGUAGCCAGGGUGCGCAGGAAUCCACGCCUGUUGAAAAGGAGGUGAAAGAGGAAGUGAGAAAGGAAGUAAAAGAGGAAAAGCGCAGUGCGGCACCAACCAGCUCUGCUGAAUCAUGGAGGCAGCUUCUGGAUAGGCUGAGGAAUAAAUCGGAGCCAGAGCCAGAGAUGAUGUCCCUCAGCGACAGCCCUGGGCCUUUUGAAGACAGUGAGCAGUUGCAAGACAGUCUGCUACAGUCCAACGUCGAGCUCGAUUUCUCCUUCAUUGACACCGCGCGGGCGUCCAGCUCUCGCUCUCCCCACCCUACUAUGAGCGCCCAACAGGAUGCCCAGUCCCAGAAACCAAAUCCUUUCCCUCCAUCCUCUCCAUCGGAAUCACCCUCACUAUUCACUCGCUCCAAACACUCCCAACACGCGCUUAAAUCCAGCGCGGCCUCCCAGAUUCCUGCCUCCCAAGUCUCCGAAGUGAUCGACCUCACUUCCAGCCCGCGUGGAUCUCCUGAACCCAGCGGAUCCAAUCUGAAACUAUCACAGCGCUCCAAGUCUGCCUUGUUCGGAGAUUCGCAGCUUGACGAUGGGUCUCGGUCAUCGAGGCAGCUAACCCGAGCGUCUACGGGGAAUAUCCAACAUAUGGUGGGAGUUAGCGUGAGUCCUUCGAGUAUCAAGAAGAAGCGGACCUCCCGGAAGUUCUAA